AUGCCAGGUCCUGUGCUGCAUUUCUGCACACUUCCAAGUCAAGGAGCUUGGGAAGAGAAAGCCUCAAGAAGUGGACUGCAACACGAGGGCCAAGCGGGUGUUAUGGGUGCAGGGGGAGCAGUUGGAAAAAGAGGGCCGACGGGCGUGAGUGGGAGCCAGGGUGAGAAGGGCUUCAGAGGUUGGAGGGGCCUCAAGGGAGAAAUAGGACCAGCGUGCAUGAUCAAGGGCCAUGCAGGACUAGCAGGAACGCGGGGGGAUAAAGGAUUGAAGGGAGCAACUGGACCCAGAGGAGAUACUGGUGAGCCAGGCAUCAUGGGAACAUGUGGACAAAAGGGUGAUGGUGGCCUCUGGGGAGAGCAAGGACACAUGGGACUGCAGGGACCCCGAGGUGAGCCUGGUGGCAGAGGACCCAUGGGAUUGAAGGGAUCAAUUGGACCUGCAGGAUUGUUGGGUCACCCUGGAUCGGUGGGACCGCCUGGUUUGACUGGAGAGCCUGGACUUCCUGGACAAGUCUACCUUUUACCAGGUCUGACUGGGGAACAAGGAAGUCGAGGCCCCGCAGUCACUUGUAGCUGUUCAAGGGACCGAAACCCUCAAAGACUGCCGGAACGGGUCCAGACGAUUUUUAUAGCCGAUGGAGAAAGAAUGAUGAAGGAACUGCAAGGAGAGAAUGUGAUGGUUCUUCGCACAGACAAGCAAGCUCUCUACAUCUACAGCGAAGCACAGUGGAUCGAUGUACUGAACCCAAAAAGUGAAAGCAUCCCUGCUUGAUCUACUGUCUGCUCCAGACACGCAUGGAAACAUGAGUUUCCAACCAGUUUAUUUGAAACGGAUUAAACAUUUUGGAAUAUUAUCAUACUUGUCAAUACACCUUCUGAAUUUAAGUUGUGACCAUACAUAAGCGUAAAUGACCCUCCUUAAAAAUUAAAUUUAUGACAUGAUUUUAGCAUACUUGAAUGUCCAAACCAUUUUAGAAAUGCAAGUACAAGAAUGUAUAGUUUUACAGAAAAUUCCUUCAGCUUUCGUAAUUUUACCACUUUCAAAUACCGUAUUUUCCGGACUAUAAGUCGCACCUAUAUAUACCAAUACAAUAUAUACCAAUAAGGCGUACCAGCCAAAAAAUGCGCAAUGAAGAGGAAAAGAAACAUAAGUUGCACCGCAGCAUAUGUCGCUUAUUUGGAGGAAAUGUAUUUGAUAAAAACACCAAGACCAGACAUGUCAUCUUGAAAGGCUAUUUACAAUAAAAAUAGGGAACAACAGGCUGAACAAGUGUACGGUAUGCUAACGUUACAUGGCGCAUACACAACUGAGAACAAGCCUGGUUUUGGCUGCAUAUGUUACUACUUGCAGCUUUUAAUCUGCAUAAUAUGAUUUUUUUCAGUGCCAUUUUGUUCAGCCCUUCUCAGUUGUUUUUUUAAUAAGUUACCGCCAAUGUUGAAACACAAACCAUUUGCAAUUUAGUGUGAAAAUAACAUGUGAAAUUAUGUAAUUUCAUAAUAAUUUCACACACAAAAAAUGACUUGAAGUCCGAAACAUACGGUACUGUAGGUGUCAUAGCAUGUUUUAUUUGAGUGUUUGUGUGUGGGGGUGCAACAGUUUUUUGUUAAUGUUGAGAAUGUAAAUCGGAACACAUGCGGGGAUACUUUAAGAGAUUUUCAAAAAAAAUUGUAACUUGGAAAGCACUGUCCAAUAAAAAGCAUGACUUCUGACAUUUUGCAAUUUUUUUCUCACGUUUUAAGAUAGGGUUGUUCCGAUCAUGUUUUCUUGCUCCCGAG